AUGGCGGCGGUCUGCCUCACUGAAUCUGACACAGAAUUAGUGUUCAGAUCGCGAUGGGGCGGCCUCACGCUGUUCAACGUGAAAAACUUUACCACGAGACUUCUCAUGAACAAUUCUACAUUCAGAGAAUUGAAUGCCGUAGACUUCAAAGUGUCGGCGGACCUAAAGUUUGUGCUGCUCAUAUCUGAUGUACGACCGGGAUGGAGGCAUGCCAGGCUCGCCAGAUAUCACGUCUACGAUGUUAUAACAAGGAACCGAAUUCCCGUAUCACCAAUAGAGGAUGAUCGGUCCGCACCACUGCUACAACACGCAGAGUGGGCUCCUGUUGGGUCAGGGCUGGUCUUCGUUCAUGAUAAUGACAUUUAUUACAAGCCCAAAGUGCUAAAGGCAUUAGUUUGUCGAAUCACUAGCAAUGGUGUCCCAGGUGUACUGUUCAAUGGCGUACCUGACUAUCUAUAUGAGACUGAAGUGCUCCGUCUCGAUCGAGCUCUUUGGUUCAGUCCAGAUGGUCAGACCCUGAUGUACGUCAGUUACAAUGACACUCUGGUGCCAGAGUAUAUGUACCCAUGGUACGGCCUGGAUCAGCCCGAGCCACCGCCAUACCCCACUAUAAGGACGCUUAGGUACCCGCAGGUCACCACCAAUAAUCCAGUGGCGACGAUAUACGUCGUUAGUCUCAAGACGCCCAAGUUUCUCUUUCCUCACGCCAUACAAUUUUCUCCGCAAGUCGACAAAAAUUGGUAUAUAAGAUGGAGCAGCUGGGUAUCAGAGCGGCAGAUCGGCGUAGUGCUGCUUAACCGGCCGCAGAACGUCUCCAUCAUCACAAUCUGCAGUGCCGUGCACUACAAUUGUCAGGAUAUAUAUCGUGACGAAACAGACGGGACCCGUUGGUCGGGACUUGGUGCGGACCCAGAGGAUGAGGAGUGCGGGUGGUGCGGCGGGGGAGCUUUAGUCGGAGGUCCAGGGGGUGUGUUCACAGCCAUGCCCAUCACCGAUCAUGGUGGCGUAUGGAAACAUGCUGUAUUGUUGGGGAAGGACUCCAGGAAUACAUUGACGCAGGGCAGCUUUGAAAUCACGCAACUAGUGGGAUGGGACGAACAACGGAGAUAUUUAUACGUGAUAGGCACGGCGGUGGAGCGUGCAGGCGAGCGUCACGUGUAUCGUGUGCGCGUGCCAAGGGACGGCUGGCCCCCUGCACCCCGCUGCCUCACCUGCCCCAACACCCUUCCUGAUGAAGACACAUCACCCACCACUGAUCACACGGAGUACGAUAACGUAACAUCAUCACUUCCUUCGUGGCCCACGUCCACCGUCUUGCCCCACGUAGCCGACGAAAAUGAUUCACUGCCGACCGAGUGUCUCUACAACAGAGUGUACUUUAGCAGGAACUUCUCUUAUUACGUACAGGAAUGCCUCGGUCCUGGUCCUCCAGCUAUAUUUCUAUGUUCGAUGAGCGGUGCGCGACUCUCCGUGCUUCACGAUGGACAGCCCUUACGACAAAAUGUCGCUGCACUUGCUUCUCCGCACAUCAAGGUGUUUAGAGUUGAGGUGCAAGCUCACAGGGAGGCUCGAGUGCGUCUUUUCCUACCACCGGGACUCAGAGACACCGACGACCUACCUCUUCCUCUUGUUUUACACGUGUCUGCAUCACCGGGCGGUCAGCUAGUAUCGUCUCGGUGGGGCAUGGGAUGGGCGUGGUACCUCGCCGCAACACGGAACUUCAUAGUUGCACAAAUUGACGCAAGAGGCUCUGCUGGACAGGGUGAAGAAUUACGAACAGAGAUAUAUCAAAAAUUACUUUCAGUCGACGUAGAAGAUCAAAUCGCGGUUUUGUCAUACCUUCGCGAUAACCUCAAGAUGGUGGACGGCAGCCGUGUAGGGGUGUGGGGCGCGGGGUACGGGGCAGCCGCUGCACACGCUCUUGCCGCCGGAGACGCCAGAAACCUCACUCGAUGUCUUGCUCUUAUUGCACCGCUAGCUGACCUUACACACCACACGUCAUUCUGGACCGAGCGGUAUGGGGGUGCAGGAGCCGGUGGUGGUGGGGGGGCAGUUUGGCGUCGCGCAGGCAACUUGCCCCCUCGAAGGGUAUUACUGGCCCACGCUACGGCAGACACGCGAGCCCCGCCGCACCACGCGUUGGCCCUGGCACACGCUCUAAUUAGAGCAGGAGCGCUCUACACUCAUCAUGUUUAUCCAGAUGAGGGUCACAAUUUCGAGAAAUCCCAGAUCCAUCUAUAUAAGACCCUGGAGCAGUUCUUCGACGAAUGCUUUGGUCCCGUUGAAGUCGCAGAUUGGGACACAGGGGUUGAGGGACUAUUCCCAUUCCGGGACUAA